AGCUUCCGCGGAGCUUCCCUGGCCAAGUUUCUCGGGCGACUUUUUGGAAUCGCCGCGGGUCUUUUGAGUGCGCUUUGGGUCCCUCGGCCUUUGCUCGCUUUGGGGUUCCCCUCGGGUCUCCCGGGAAAGCCGGAGGGAAGUCGCGAUGGUCCGUUGGGGUUUCCCGCAGCCGGGCUCGGCGCCGGGAGCUCCCGCCCUGGAUGACCCGUCUCCCUAAGGAGCUCCCGAGGCUGCCCGGUUGGCAGCUGAAAAGGGCCGCUUUUUUCUUUGGCCAAGCGAGAUUUCAGCCUCCUCCUCCUCCUCCUCCUCCUCUUCCUCUUCGCCUGGCUCCCAAAGUCAAGCCCGAAAUCGUGGCCCCGAGCUUCGUGGCCGCCGGCGCUGGGAGCGGAUCUGGAGAUGCCAGAACUCUGAAUUCCUUAAACGAACUGAUGGACGAAGAUGAGAAGGACAGGGCAAAGAGGGCGUCCCGUAACAAAUCAGAGAAGAAAAGGAGAGACCAGUUCAACGUCCUCAUUAAGGAACUGUGCACCAUGCUCCAAGGCCAUGGGCACCCGCUCAAGAUGGACAAGUCCACGAUCUUACAGAGGACUAUUGACUUUUUACAGAAGCAGAAAGAAAUCUCAGCCCAGACCGAAGCCUGUGAGAUUAGACAAGACUGGAAACCCUCAUUUCUUACCAAUGAAGAAUUCACUCAGUUGAUGUUGGAGGCAUUAGACGGGUUUCUCAUUGCACUGACCACGGAUGGGAUCAUUAUUUAUGUAUCCGAUAGUGUCUCUUCGCUGCUUGGACAUUUACCGUCAGAUUUGGUGGACCAAAAUAUAUUAAAUUUCCUACCUGAGUGUGAACAGAACAACGUGUACAAGCUUCUUUCAGCCCACGUGCUCGUGACCUCUGAUUUUCUAAAUGCCGAAAAACAAAUGGAGUUUUGCUGCCACUUAGCCCGAGGAAACUUGGAUCCGAAUGAGGCCGUGACAUACGAAUAUGUCAAAUUUGUGGUGGAUUUCAAACAGUUUUCCCCUGCGCCUGCGUCAUCGUUCAACGGCUUCGAGCCUCCCGUGGCACGGGCGUUCCGGUCCGUCAGUGACACCCAGGUGUGUCUAGUUGCAACGGUCCGUCUCGUUACGCCACAGUUCUUGAAGGAACUUUGUAACAUGGAAGACUCCUGUGAAGAAUUCACCUCACGGCACAGCCUGGAAUGGAAGUUCUUGUUUUUAGACCACAGAGCUCCACCAAUAAUUGGUUAUCUGCCCUUUGAGGUUCUUGGGACAUCUGGUUAUGAUUACUACCACGCAGAUGAUUUAGAACUUCUUGCUAGGUGCCAUGAACACCUGAUGCAGUUUGGCAAAGGCAAGUCUUGCUACUACAGAUUCCUGUCCAAGGGCCAGCAGUGGAUAUGGCUUCAGACCCAUUAUUACAUCACCUACCACCAGUGGAACUCCAAACCCGAGUUCAUUGUGUGCAGCCACACAGUGGUUAGCUCUAGUGUGGCAACAAGUCAAGGGGAUUAUAUCAACGCCCAACACUGCGUGUCCGCGAACCAAGAAGUCAGCCGUGAAGGAGUAUCUGUGUCUUCUCACAGCUCCUGCCGAUCUUCACACACAGCCCUCUCCGACUCUGCAUGUAUGGCUCACACAUCCAGCACACAACCCCCGUGA